AUGGUGAUCCAGGUGGGCAGCAGGGGCCGAGUGGCAGCUCAGCUACUUGAACAGAGAAGCAACGGCCACUGCGAGGACAAGAAGCAGACGCUGUUGGCCUUGCUGGUCUUGGUGUUGUACUUGGGCACAGGAAUAUCAGGAAGAAGCUGGGAGAUGUCAGAAAGAAUCAGAGAGUGUAAAUGUUACCAGAAUCCUGUGAUUUCUCAGGGUCUUGAAUAUCAGACCAGUGAACCCUCAGAAGAGCCAAUAAGGGUCAUCAGGACCUGGUUGAAGGAGAAUUUGCAUGUCUUCUUGGAGAAGUUAGAGAAAGAGGUGCGAGAGCUGGAGCAGCUAGUGCGAGACCUGGAAUUGUGGCUGGAUGCUCUUCUGGGAGAGUCACAGCCCUACCCAGAAGAGCCCUGCUGUGCCCACAAGAGCCACAUGUGA